AUGACGAGCACUGUUGCUGGCGGCCUUCACAAGGUCCAGGAGGCUAUUCAGUCUGCCGCGGGUCAGGACAAGAAGAUUAUUGAUCUGUCCCGCGAAACGGCUGAUGUUCAUAAGAAGACGAAGUUUACUACGGACCAUGGUGUGCCUGUUUCCGAUACCGAUCACUGGUUGAAGGUGGUCAAUGAUAAGACUUCUGGCCCUAGUCUGUUGGAAGAUCAGAUUGCUCGUGAGAAGAUCCAUCGCUUCGAUCACGAACGUAUCCCAGAGCGAGUUGUCCAUGCUCGUGGUACCGCGGCUUUCGGAAAUUUCACCUUGAAAGAGGCUAUUCCCGAAUUGAGUUAUGCUGGUAUCCUCAAUGAUACGUCUAGAAAGACUCCUGUCUUUCUACGAUUCUCCACUGUCCAGGGUAGCCGAGGAAGUGCCGAUACUGUUCGAGAUGUCCGUGGAUUCGCAGUGAAGUUCUAUACAGACGAGGGUAACUGGGACUUGAUUGGAAACAACAUUCCCGUAUUCUUCAUUCAGGAUGCUGUCAAAUUCCCAGACUUUGUCCACGCUGUCAAGCCUGAGCCACACAACGAAGUUCCACAAGCUCAAACAGCUCACAACAACUUCUGGGACUUCACUUUCCUUCACCCCGAGUCAACCCACAUGUUCAUGUGGGCCAUGUCUGAUCGAGCCAUUCCUCGCUCUUACCGUAUGAUGCAAGGCUUCGGGGUCAACACAUUUACACUCGUCAACAAGAAGGGCAAACGCCACUUGGUCAAGUUCCAUUUCAUUCCUCACCUCGGUGUCCAUUCGUUGGUCUGGGAUGAAGCAUUGAAGUUGGCUGGUCAAGACCCCGACUUCCACCGCAAGGAUCUUAUGGAAGCCAUUGAUAACAAGGCCUACCCUAAGUGGGACUUUGCUAUCCAGGUCAUCCCAGAGGAGAAACAGGACGACUUUGAAUUCGACCCUCUUGAUGCCACCAAGAUCUGGCCCGAAGAGCUCGUCCCUCUUCGCGUCAUUGGCGAGCUUGAGCUCAAUCGCAACAUUGACGAGUUCUUCUCUCAAACCGAGCAAGUCGCUUUCUGUACCAGCCACAUCGUGCCGGGUAUUGAUUUCUCCAACGACCCUCUCUUGCAGGGACGUAACUUCUCCUACUUUGAUACACAACUUUCUCGUCUUGGAAUUAACUGGGAGGAAAUUCCAAUCAACCGUCCAGUCUGUCCCGUCAUGAACCACAAUCGUGACGGCGCCAUGCGUCACAGAAUCACCAAGGGAACAGUCAACUACUGGCCCAACCGUUUUGAUGCCGUACCACCAACCAAACCGGAGGAUGGCGGAUUUGUAUCUUACCACGAGAAGAUCCAAGGAAUUAAACAACGUAGCCAGGGCCCCAAGUUCCGUGAAUACCACAACCAGGCUCAGCUAUUCUACAACUCGCUCAGCGACUAUGAGAAGCACCACGUUGCCAAGGCUUUCAGCUUCGAGCUUGAUCAUUGCGAUGACCCUGUUGUUUACCAGCGCAUGGCCAUGCGUAUUGCAGAGAUUGACCUUGAGCUUGCCCAGAAAGUUGCAGUUAUGAUCGGUGCGCCAACACCCGAAAAGGCAGGAAAGCAGAACCACGGCAAGAAAGCUCGCGGUCUUUCACAACUCGACUUCAAGCCUCGCGUGCCAACCGUGGCUAGCAGACGUAUUGCCAUCCUUAUCGGCGAUGGUUUCGACUCUGUUGCUUUUAACGGAGUGUAUACCGCCGUCAAGGCCGCUGGUGCGUUACCGUUCGUCAUCGGCACAAAGAGACAGCCCGUCUUCGCCGACGGCGUCGAUCCUAAGACCGGAAAGGGCGUAACACCCGACCAUCAGUACGAUGGUAUGCGCUCAACCAUGUUCGACGCUACUUUCGUCCCCGGUGGACCACACGUCAAAUCUUUGGCAAAGAUUGGACAGAUUCGCUACUGGAUAGCAGAGACAUUCGGCCACUUGAAAGCGCUGGGCGCAACAGGUGAGGCUGUCGAUCUUGUCAAACAGGCCUUGGUGGGCAUCGAUGCUCUUCAGUUUGCGACUCAGGGUAGCGCUGAUGUUGUGGAGUCGUAUGGUGUAGUGACUGCUGCAGGUCCACAGAAACCGGAGAGUUUCAAGGAAGGUUGGAAGAUGGUUAAGGGUGCGACUGAUUUCUUGGGCAAGUUCUUCUUUGAGAUUGGAGAGCAUCGGAACUAUAAGCGUGAACUUGAUAGGUUGGCUGAUACCCUUGCCUUCUAAACGAACACAAAAAGGCUUAAGUGGUCUUGGACACGGAAUGGACUUGUUUUAAAUUUGUUAA